AUGGGGAGGUUGUUUGUGGUGAAUCUUGAAGGGAAGAUCUAUAGCUGCAAACACUGUAAAACCCAUCUUGCUUUACACGAAGACAUCGUCUCCAAGUCUUUUCAUUGCAGACAUGGGAAAGCUUAUCUCUUCAGUAAGGUUGCGAAUGUUUCGAUUGGAGAGACAGAAGACCGAUUGAUGAUGACUGGAAAACAUACAGUGGCUGACAUUUUCUGUGUCUCGUGUGGAUCAAUCGUUGGCUGGAGAUACGAGACUGCUCAUGAGAAAAGCCAAAAGUACAAAGAAGGAAAAUCUGUGCUUGAAAGAUUUAAGAUAUCGGGUCCUGAUGGGAGUAACUACUGGUUGAGUAGCCAUGGAAGCCAUAUAGCUGGAAGUGAUGCAGAUGAUGCUUGA